AUGGCAGCACCGUUCGAUGCGGCCCAGCUGGACGAGAGCGAGAAAUAUGUCUUGAAUAUUGCCAUCGACGGCCGAACACGAAUUCGGCCAUCGGUCCACCCGGAAGCCAUGGGCAGCAGGUUCCUCAGCUUCAUCCAGGUAGAGCACCCCAUCAAGGAGAUUCUCGAGAGCGACAACCUCACAGCCUUGUCUUUGCUGAUCCGCAGAGCCAUUAUUGCAAUAGAUAAGAAAAUGCGCGCCUGGCCAGAAGUACGCACAUACAUAUUGGGAAACGUUCAAGAUGACGAUCUAGAGUGGGGCCAUGCUCUGGGAGGCAAAAUUGCGGCUGUUCGCUGA